UGCAGUAUGUUGAGUACCAUACAAUCAGGGACAGUUUGUGGAAAUCUAGAACUAUAAAACAAAUGGAAAUAUUUUCAAGUGGAUUUAAUAUGCUAACAUAGAUUUUAUAAUGUCUUGAAGAGCCAUAAUAGCUCAAGUGUGAAUCUGAUGUUCUUUCCUCUAAUUAAAUGUGUAGCACUGAACAUGUUUUUUCAUGUACAGGAAAAACAAGUUACAGUAGAUCACUAAUGAGUUCAACCAAACGGAUACAAAGCUAUUAAAAUAGGAUAGGUCAGUGGUUACCAGAGGUGUUAAACAACAUGUAACCACACAUGAUAGUGCCAGGAAAGUCAUCAGAUUUCAUCUGUGAAAGUAAACGGUGAGCGGAAACAAAAGGAUAUCUCAUCCACACAAGCAUUAUGGGACAUAUUUGGCAUUUUCUUUUGGAAUUUUUCAUUCUACUUACAGGUAAUGAAUUAAAACUUAUAUAUAGAUGUCAUAAUUAAUGUUUCGGGUCUGUUAUUCUUUUGUCUUUGUUAAAAACGACUAUGCAUUAUCUCCAGAGAUUCAGAAUUACCAUUUAUACCAAAUCAAUUGUCUUUUUGUCCGUGGGUGUUUAUUUUUUAUUUUUUAUAUGCAUUCCAAACAAUGAUAUAACAUUCACAUAUUUAUCUACGUCAAUGUUGUUGGGUCAAAUCUAUUAUAAUGUGAUGUAUUUUUACUUUCUUAGGCUUUUGUCAAGUAAUUACAGCUUCUGCAAUUGAAAUGUGAUUUCUUCACUUGUUACAAAUUUCUAAAAUGUUAAACUGAUCUCAUCCCAUGUUGCAGGAUUGGCUUUAGAGUUAUGUCUAUAGUUUUUGUAUUAAAUAUGGCAUACACUCAAUUAUGCUUUAUUUGUCAAUUUAUAAGAUUUGACAAUGUGCUCUAGAAAGAAGAUACUUUUAAUUCACUGUUAAAGUUAAAUAUGCUAGAAAUUACCAUUAAGGAUGAUCAAACAAUAUACAUUUAAAAAUGUUGGAAUACUUUUUCUGUUUAUAUUGAACACAGCCUAAAUAUUUGUAUAAUGUUAUCAAAGUCACCAUAGAUGUGUAACUUUUUUGUGAAAUAUCUGUACAUUUUGAAGUGUGCAUUUUAAGUGUCCGAAUACUUUUUGGGCUGACUAUAUACAAAAAUACUGUGUUACGCAGCAUUUGUUAACUGACUGCAGAUAAAUAAUGCUAAUACAUGCUAAUAAAUGGGCAUCAAAGAAGCCGCUAAGCAAGUUUCCCUGGUUUAUGGUCAUGUUAAGUGUCGUGUCUGGCAAAUAUGCUCCAAUGUGAAGAAGGACAAAGUGGACCCACCUACGACUCUCUGCAGGACGUCAUUGACAAGAAGUCCUUCAGACCUUCUGUUAAUCUCAGUAGCCCCACCAUAACCAACAUCUCCUUCACUCUCUAUGCCAUCUUGGGAGUGAAUGAAAAAACACAAAUUCUCACCACAUUUCUCUGGCUCAGGCUGUACUGGUUCCAUGAGUUCCUGAUUUGGGAUCCAGAAGCCUGUGACGGCAUUACGAAGAUCUCUCUUCCUGUCAAAGAUCUCUGGACUCCUGACAUUAUCGUUUAUGAGUUCGUGGAUGACGAUGUAUCUCAGGCCUGUCCUUACGUGUAUGUGAACCACACGGGCCACAUCCGCUAUGACAGGAUGCUGAGGCUGGUUAGCGCUUGUAACCUACAAAUCUUCAGUUUCCCUUUCGACAUACAGAACUGCUCUUUCACCUUCGGCUCCUACAUGCAUACCAUAAAGGACGUCCGUGUCAGUCCUGCCCUGUCCUUUAAGGAGAUGACCGUAAACUCGAAGCGUUAUCUGCAGGCCAGUGGAGAGUGGGAGCUGGUGGAUAUCUUGGGCGACACUGACAUUUUGAAGUUUGGAAUAGAUGAAUGGGACAUCAUCACUUUCUGGGUGGUGAUAAAGCGACGGCCGAUACUGUACGUGGUGAACCUGAUCAUCCCCAGCUCCUUCCUCAUGAUCAUUGACAUCCUGUCCUUCUACUUGCCGCCUCACAGUGUGGAUCGAUCCUCUUUCAAAAUGACCCUCAUUCUGGGAUAUACAGUCUUUCUUCUCAUUAUGAAUGACCUGCUUCCCAGCACUGCUAAUGGGACACCUUUAAUAGGUAUUUAUUUCUCAGUGUGUCUGGCAUUCAUGACCAUAAGUCUACUGGAGACGGUCCUCAUUACCUGCGUUCUCCACCAUAAUUCAAUGAAAUACAGGGAGGUGCCACACUGGGUUCAGGUGCUGGUGAUGCGCUUUAUUGCUCGACUUAUUUGCUACAAUUUCCCUGAAGACCCUUUAGCCAAGAUAGAAGGGAAACAAGAAACCAAUCCAUGGGUCAUCCAGCCUUCAGAAUCAACUUCCAGUCAACACAAAUCCAGUAAUGCAUCUGGAGCCAUGACACUGGAUGUGCCUGAACUCAGACAGAUCAGUCAGGAUCUUAGAGAGAUGAACACUUAUUUGUCCAUUCUACGAAAGGAAGACCAUCUACAGAACCAGUGGUGCCACGUGGGCUACAUCCUGGACUUCCUUCUCUUCCGCAUUUACCUGUUGAUAAUCACAGGAUACGCACUUGUAAUCAUAUGCAUGUGGUGCAUUUGGAUGAACCAGUAGAAAAAGUACAGGGCUAACAGAAAAUAUAUGAUUAAAUAUAUAAAGUCUGUAUCUCAGAAUAUUUAUAUUUAUAUAUAUUUAUAUACAUUUAUAUACUUUUGGUUGUUUUCCCAUGUACACUAAAGCAGAAAUACAUAGAGAGUAGAGAAUGACCAAUAUUGAUUUCUUAGCAUUUUUCCAUGAUUAAAUAUUGGUUUUGUAGUGUUAAAUCGACCAAUAAAUGGUUCAGUUAAAAUGCAUUUUUAUUUUAGUGAAUGUAGUUAAUAUUUUUAUUAUUAGUGAUCUUUCUCAUCCACACAGAAUUAAUCAAAAUUAACUUUUUUUUUUUACCCAACCCAUGGAUAUGACAACCGGCCAGGACAUGGAAAAAGAGGACCUAUGGUGACCUGAUUAGAACCAAUACCGAUUAUUUGCAUCUUUAUGUGCCAAUAACUGAUAUGCAGAGCUGAACCACAAAACCAAAUUCACCACAAAACCAGUCUUAAGUGUCAAUUUUUCUAAAUUGAUUUGUAUCACUUGAAAGCUGAAUAAAUAAGCUUUACAUUGAUGUAUGGCUUGU